CAGGAGGCUUGAGUCGAAAGAAAAGCUCUAACUCAAUUAAUCUGUAAUCCUCCAUUGUUGUGUUUGUUCAGAGCUCAAAGCAGCGAGUUAAAAUUGAUCUUCGGCGGGGAGUAGUUGAAGAAUCCAAGGAAAGAUGAGCAGCAUUGGCACCGGCUACGAUCUCUCGGUGACGACGUUCUCGCCGGACGGCAGAGUUUUCCAGACCGAGUACGCCGCCAAGGCCGUCGACAACAGCGGCACUGUCGUCGCCAUCAAGUGCAAGGAUGGCAUUGUCAUGGGAGUGGAGAAGCUGAUAGCCUCGAGGAUGAUAUUGCCCGGAUCGAAUAGAAGAAUUCACUCUGUUCAUCGCCAUUCUGGCAUGGCUAUUGCUGGAUUAGCUGCUGAUGGGAGGCAAAUUGUUGCACGAGCUAAAUCUGAAGCAAACAGCUAUGAAAGUGUCUACGGCGAGCCAAUUCCUGUGAAAGAACUUGCAGAACGUGUUGCAAGUUAUGUGCAUUUAUGUACACUCUAUUGGUGGCUCAGACCUUUUGGUUGUGGGGUGAUUCUUGGUGGUUACGACCGAGAUGGACCGCAGCUGUACAUGGUUGAACCUUCAGGUGUCUCCUAUAGAUACUUUGGUGCUGCUAUUGGAAAGGGAAGGCAGGCUGCUAAAACUGAAAUUGAGAAAUUGAAGCUCGCUGAAAUGACUUGUCGGCAAGGGGUUAUUGAGGUGGCUAAAAUAAUCUACGGAAUACAUGAUGAAGCAAAGGACAAGGCCUUCGAAUUGGAAAUGAGUUGGGUAUGCGAUGAGUCAAACCGCCAGCAUCAGAAGGUUCCGGACCAACUCUUAGAGGAAGCCAAGGCAGCAGCAGCUGCCGCGCUUGAAGAAAUGGACGCAGAUUAAUGGCAGCCUAAGAAAUGCAGAGUACAAUUUUAUGAUACAGUAAGUAGGUUGUAAGUUUUCAUUCUCGAUCUUAUGUAUGAUGGGAACAAGUCCAUGUGUUGAUUGAGUUAAGCAUGUGAGAUGCUGUGUUCUUACAUACAUGGUCAGAAUUGUUGAUCAUCUCUGAUCCUUUACUCAUCAAUUAUUAUAAAACAUUUUUUGUGGAAAAA